AUGGAGCAGGUCAACGAGACUGUGGUGACAGAGUUUGUCUUCCUCGGCUUCUCAUCUCUGGCUGGGCUGCAGCAGCUGCUCUUUGUUGUCUUUCUGCUCUUCUACCUGUUCACUCUGUGUACUAAUGCUAUCAUCAUGUCCACCAUUGUGCUGGACAGAGCCCUUCAUACCCCCAUGUACUUCUUCCUAGCUGUUCUCUCCUGCUUUGAGACUUGCUACACCUUCGUCAUUGUACCUAAGAUGCUGGCUGACCUGCUGGCCCAGAAGAAGACCAUUUCUUUCCUGGGCUGUGGCAUCCAGAUGUUUACCUUCCUCUUCCUUGGCUGCUCUCACUCCUUCCUGCUGGCAGCCAUGGGUUAUGAUCGUUACAUGGCCAUCUGCAACCCACUGCGCUACACAGUGCUCAUGGGACACGGCAUGUGCGCUGGGCUAGUGGCUGCUGCCUGUACCUGUGGCUUCACUGUCUCCCUGGUCACCACCUCCCUUGUAUUUCACCUGUCCUUCCACUCCUCCAACCAGCUCCAUCACUUUUUCUGUGACAUCUCUCCUGUCCUCAAGCUGGCCUCUCACCACUCCCGCCUCAGUCAGUUGGUCAUAUUCAUACUCGGUGUAUUUGCCCUGGUUAUUCCACUGUUAUUUAUCCUGGUCUCCUACAUUCGCAUCCUCUCUGCCAUUCUAAAAAUCUCGUCCUCUGUUGGAAGAUACAAGGCCUUCUCCACCUGUGCCUCUCAUCUCAUUGUGGUAACUGUUCACUAUGGUUGUGCCUCUUUCAUCUACUUAAGGCCCAAGUCCAAUUACUCUUCAAGCCAGGACACCCUAAUAUCUGUGUCCUAUACCAUCCUUACUCCAUUGUUCAAUCCAAUGGUUUACAGUCUGAGAAAUAAGGAAUUCAAAUCAGCUCUUCGAAGAACAAUGGGCCAGACUUUAUAUACUGUUAAUUAA